UGCAGCUCGACGUGAGAGGCAACAUGGUGAAACUUAACGAUGGCUCUCAGAUAACCUAUGAAAAGUGCUUGAUUGCAACAGGAGGCACUCCAAGAAGUCUGUCUGCCAUUGAUAGGGCUGGAGCAGAGGUGAAGAGUAGAACAACGCUUUUCAGAAAGAUUGGAGACUUUAGAACCUUAGAGAAGAUCUCCCGGGAAGUCAAGUCAAUUACGAUAAUCGGUGGGGGCUUCCUUGGAAGCGAACUGGCCUGCGCUCUUGGCAGAAAGGCUCGAGCUUUGGGUACAGAAGUGAUUCAGCUCUUCCCUGAGAAAGGAAAUAUGGGAAAGAUCCUCCCUGAAUACCUCAGCAACUGGACCAUGGAAAAAGUCAGACGAGAGGGGGUUAAGGUGCUUCCCAAUGCUAUUGUGCAAUCAGUUGGAGUCAGCGGUGGCAAGUUACUCAUCAAGUUGAAAGAUGGCCGGAAGGUAGAAACUGACCACAUAGUGGCAGCUGUGGGCCUGGAGCCCAAUGUUGAGUUGGCCAAGACGGGUGGACUAGAGAUAGACUCUGAUUUUGGUGGCUUCCGGGUAAAUGCAGAGCUCCAAGCCCGCUCCAACAUCUGGGUGGUAAGUGUGCGACAGCACGAGUGGGCAUGGUUCCUUGUCCCCAGCCCGUGAGCGAGUCUGCCUGGCAGUGUGCGAAAGCUCGUCAGCACCUUGCCCAGAUAGAGUCAGGAUGUUUGGAGGCUGAGGGUGAAGAACAGAAACUUCAUUACUUGAUUUACAAGAUCAGGUAUGGCUGCAUGCCACAAGCUAGUGGAAAAGGAAAUGAACAGUGUGUGCACCUACCGAAAUAGAGUUCUUCCCGUUCUGUGGUUGGCAGCUGCCAUCGGCAUUGCCCUGAUGAGCAUGUUCCCAGCUUUCAGAUGGAUCUGCUGUUCCCUUUGCCCGAAAGUGAGCCCAGGGAAUGGAGGAUGAGGCAGUUUUAUAACAUUCCCUAGAAGGGAAAAUUACUCUGUUUUCGUUAUCCUUGAGCACUAUUUUUAGCUGUUUUAAAAAAUGUUAUGACACAAACAAGACUAUAGUAUGUAGGAACCAUGAGGUAAUUUCCCCAUUGUUAGAUCAUUACAAGUGUAUUGUGUUUGAUUAUGGACUCUGCAACUAAGAAGGGUGUUUU